AUGUCCCCGGAAUAUGCAAUGCGUGGACAAUUUUCUGUGAAAUCAGAUGUAUUCAGCUUUGGUAUCUUAGUUUUGGAGAUUAUGAGUGGCAAGAAGAGAACUAAUUUAUAUCAAUCGGAACACGCUGAUGACCUCUUAAGUCUUGCUUGGAAGAAUUGGACAGAGCAAACACCUAUGGAAUUUCUGGAUCCAACACUUAGAGGUUCUUGUUCAAGAAAUGAAGUAAAUAGAUGCAUCCAGAUCGGUUUAUUAUGUGUUCAGGAAAAUCCAUCUGACAGACCAUCAAUGGCCACCAUUGCACUUAUGCUGAACAGCUAUUCGGUUACCAUGUCAAUGCCACGACAACCAACAUCUUUUCUUCGUGGAAGAAGUCCUGACAGGCUAUGCCGACGGCUUGAAUCUGAUCAGUCUACCACCGAUCGGUCUACCACCAGUUCAAUUCCAUGGUCUGUGAAUGAAAUAUCCAUUACGGAAUUACACCCUCGCUAA